AUGGCAGAUUUUUGGGACAACCUAAUGGGCUCCACCUCGCCCAACCCUCAGAAGGUUAUAGCACCUGUCAGUGCCAACGCGGAACUCGCAAAGAAUAUGGCACAGGCCAUAUCGGCAAACCAAGCUGGACCUCCGGUGGCUUCCGCUAUGGCUGCACCUGCGCCGUUAGGACGGCCUCAGUCACAGCAGUUGCAACAGCAACAGCAGCAGCAACCACAAAUGCACAUGCAGGCACAUCCACAGCCACAACCGUCCUCCUCCUCCUCAGCACCCUCUCCAUCGCCAUCUGCAUCAAUGACCAAAGCACAGAAACUGGCCAUAUGGAACUCACUUACCAAGGAACAGCAGCAAAAGUAUCUACAAGCUCUUUUCAUUAAGAAGCAGCAGAAAAAACAACAGCAACAACUACUCUUGCAGCAACAGCAACAACAGCAGCAACAACAACAACAGGUUCAAGCACAACAACAGGUUCAAGCACAACAACAGCAGCAACAACAGGCUCAUGCACAACAACAGCAGCAGCAACAACAACACCACCAGCAGCAGGCUCAAGCACAACAGCAACAGAAUGUCUCUGCUACCAUAUCCAUUGCCAACCCGCCACAAGUGCAACAGCAGCAAAUCCAGGUCAAUGUCAUCACUGGCACUAAUGGAUAUCCUACUACAGUUACCAACAACUUUACACAAAACAAUGGAUUGAUUAUGAACAUGGCACAAGUGCCGGUCGCGGCGGCACCGGGAACACAGCAACAAAACCAAAUGACCAGUCCUUCCACCAAUGACAUUCAAGCCAUGAUUCAACAGCAACUCGCGGCCGCGGCGCAAAGACAAUCUGGGAACGCUACUGCUCACCCAACCAUCUUUCAGGAACAAGGUAACCCUUUCGAGCCGACGCCGCUGGGGCCAUCGUGGGCGGGGUUCGACAAUAACAAUCAGGCAAACGCGAAACAGGCGGCUGCUAACAACGGCACCAACUUGGUUUUUGUACAGCAGCAGCAACCUGUUCAACAACAGAGGCAACCGCAGAAGCAACAACAGCAACCUGUCCAACAACAACAGCAACAACAACAGGCAAACGAUAGCAGUGGCCACACAGGAUCAACUCGGUCCAAUACGCUGCAGAACAGCAACUUGACUCCUCUACAACAGCAGCAACUUCUUGCUUUGCGUAAGCAAGAACAGCUCAAACGAUUGCUCAACCUCUCACCGGAAGGCCUCAAGGCACUCAAGCUGCUCAAAAAGUCUGGAAAACUAGAUAAGAAUCUACUCAAGCAGGAAAUUAUGAAGCGGAAACUACAACUACAAGUUCAGGAAAAAGCGCAAAAACAGCAGCAGCCAAACCAACCUCAGCUAGCUCCCAAUCAGCAGCAGCAGCAACAACAACAACAACAGCAGUUUCUCAUCCAGCAGCAGCAACGGCAGCAAAAUAACCUCAUGCCGCAUCUUCAGCAGUCGCAAUCGGCCCCUCAGCCGCAACAGUCAGGUAGCAAUAGCAUGAUGCCGCAACUAAAACACUCCCAGUCAGCGCAAACGCCCAACUUUCAGAGUCAGUUCCAGCAACAGCAAUCGCAACAAAUCCAGUCUUCGAACAAUCAAGGCAUGCCACAGCAGCAACAACAACAACAAGGCGGUGUGCCGGGACUUCCACCGAUGAACAUGCAGGACUUUCAGUCGGCUUUGCGCCAACAACAGCCGCCGUCACAGCAGGAUUCAAUGCCUGCGCCCCCUGCACUUCACAGCGUCGCUAGUAACAGCGUUUCAAAUGACGAAGUCAAUAGCAUUGAAGAUCGUUUGGCCGCACUGACGGGCAAGGCACCGCAAAACAAGACACGACGUGCAAGUGAAGAUCGCAAGAGGGCGGCGGUCGACAAUAGUGCGAACAAACGACAGCGUCUCACACCACCAUUGGUAACACCUCCCGAGACUCCCUACGCGUUGUCGGGAGCCCACAUGACUGCAAGCAACGGUAUGAAACAAUGGAAUAACGGCGCUCCAACCGUUGGUGGUAUCCAGCAACCCAUGCUGCUACAGACAAAACAGGCGCCGCAGCCAUCAUCUCAACCGCCGCACCAACACCAACAGAUCCUACCAAAGGCAGGGCCGGGCAUGGCUAUGCAGCCCCCGCCCGCAUUGGGUGCAAUAGCCCCUCCCGGACCAAAUCAAACAGGAUUAUCGGCUGCUCUCAAUAAUUUCAAUGCCAAUUCAAACCCUGGCAGCAAUGGCGCUGGAAACACUGAAGAUUUUGCUGCCAUGUUGCAGAAGCUGCAAAAGGCCAUGAAUGGCAACAGCUCCAAUUCUGGCAGCAACGGCAUUCUGAUGGGCGCACCAGCACCAAUGCCCAGCGCAAAUGGCUCGAACAGUAACAAUCAGUCACUUCCGCAGCUUGCUCCCGUCGGUGGACCCUCGUUUCUUGGACCAGCUCCGGGGCUUCCUUCCAUGGGUCAGAUGCCCGCCAAUGCGCCCGCGAUGCCCUUCAUGACAACAUCUGAAGCGUCGGAGAAAGACUUGCUUCAAGAGUUCGAAUCGCACGAAGUCUAA